UCUGUCAAACCCAGCUGCCAAAAGGCUCCUACAAAUUUUCACUUUCUCACAAUUCUGUUUCAAUUUUUUUUCUCGCUCAAAAAAAAUCAAAAAUUUACCCAAAAUCAAAAAUAUACACUUACACCGCCCACAACAAGACAAGAGACCGAAAAAACCAAAUAACAAAUCCCAACAAAAGAAAAUAGGAGAAACCAAGCGAAGGCCACAUGAACAGCGAUCGAAAUCCAAUCCGAUUCAAAAGAAACUGAUCUCUCGUUCAUAGAUAAAAGUUCCGCUGUGUGAUCUUCACAAUUGAGAGCUAAAAGAGCCCACUUUUCCGGACCCCUGUCCUUUGACCCUGAUCCUCGAUUCACCGAUAUUCAACAGAUAUCCUUUCUAACCCAAAAGAGAGCCAGAAAGACGGCAGCAGUGGCAGAUUCUUCUAGAAGAAAAGAAAAGCCAGAAGAAUCUAACCACCCGCUCUCCAUGCCCUCAAGGAAAUCGAUCAUCUCAAACAGCAUUCAAAAACUUAAAGCUUAAGAUUUUAAAGUCUGAAAUCUCUCGAAAAUCUCUCAGAUAGCGACAUCAACCGAUGCACCUAAAAGCCGGCAGCUAGAAAUUGGAAACUUAAAGGGAUCAAUAGCCUGGUCAGAACCGAGAUUCUAGGAGCAAUAAAACCAUCGCAAUUUUAGGCAGUCACAUCCGACAUCCUAUCAAUCAAUCAAGGAGCAACAGUUCAGUCAACAGAUCUAUAACUCUUUUUUUUGGCCCAAUUGACACCAAAAACGAAUAAAAAACAAAAAAAAAACCACUUAUGUAACUUUUUUUGAAGCCCACAAUAAGGACGAGUUUAAAACCGCAACGCACAACCAAGUUUCGAGCAAAACAGUUUAAAUUAAAACGCGCAAAAAACGUAAAAGACAGUUACAAAAAUCCGUGAAAAUACAAAACACCAAAAUAAAGAAAUGCAAACGCGACUUUAAUACAAAUCCACUGACAAACGCUUGCUAAACGCUUUUUUCCGGUUCAGCAGAGGUCAGCUCAGCGAAAGUUUCAACUCGGCAAAUAAAAAAGUUACCAAAAAAAAAAGGAAAACAUAUAAAUGCAAACGUAAAAUCCGUCAAGGACAUGAUUCAAUCGAGUAAUUGAGCGCGCAAAAUUCAAAAAGUCAUCAUUCCACACAAAACACCCGUAACGAAAAAGAGUUGAUGCAGGAGUAAAAAGAAGACAAGCUGAAUACAAAAUACAAAUUUAUUAAAAGUUCAAUUUCGAAAGUCACCGAUUCGAUUCGCGGUUUUUGAAAGAGCCACCUUGAAAUUCUAAAGUGUUCGAGCAACGAUUUUUGCAAACGUUCGGUUUCAGGCAGCCAGUCCUUAAGCUUUGUCCCCCGAGAUAAUUAUAUAUUGACGUCGGCUAUAUUUAUAACAUACAUAUAUAUAUCCGAUCGAAUCACCAACCCCGAAGGUAAUCUUCAAAAGCACACACGCACACUCAACACCAAAAUACAAAAAGAGCUACCGAAAAUGGCAUCCGAACUGGAUCAAUUCGCCGACCUGGAACUCUCGAAGGAGGAUCGUGAACAGAUCUUCGAUCCGCCACUGGAUCGACAGCAGUUGGAAGGUGCUGGCACCUCAAGUGUUACGACAUCAAAAAUCUUAAUAAGCGGCAUACCGAUGCAAACACGUUUCGAAGACAUCGAACCGCUACUGAAGCCCUAUGGCAUCGUCAAACAGUGUGAGGCUAUUUCUAGUAAGGAUCAAAAUACUCAAACAGUACAUAUAACAUUCGAAAAUCCUGAGCAGGCGCAAAGAGCUGCUGGUGGUCUAAACGGUGUCGAGUUCGAGGGUAGCAAGCUGCAUGCCGAGCAGCUGGACAAAAACCAGCGGCGUAGCCAGCGCAACCAGCGCAAUCCGUAUCCGGGGAUGCCCGGCCCCGGACGACAGGCGGACUUCCCGCUACGCAUCCUUGUGCAGAGCGAGAUGGUGGGUGCCAUCAUUGGCCGCCAGGGCAGCACCAUCAGGACGAUCACACAACAGAGCCGUGCUCGCGUCGACGUCCAUCGCAAGGAGAACGUUGGCUCGCUGGAGAAAUCGAUCACGAUCUAUGGCAAUCCGGAGAACUGCACCAAUGCCUGCAAGCGCAUCCUGGAAGUGAUGCAGCAGGAGGCCCUCUCAACGAAUAAGGGAGAACAACUCUCCCCCGAUUGCAGUGAAAUUUGCCUCAAAAUACUCGCCCACAACAAUCUGAUUGGACGGAUUAUUGGCAAGUCGGGCAAUACCAUCAAACGGAUCAUGCAGGACACCGAUACGAAGAUCACCGUCAGCUCGAUCAACGACAUCAACAGCUUCAACUUGGAGCGGAUCAUCACGGUCAAGGGAUUGAUUGAGAACAUGUCGCGUGCUGAGAACCAGAUUAGCACCAAACUGCGCCAAAGCUACGAGAACGACCUGCAGGCGAUGGCGCCGCAGAGCCUCAUGUUCCCCGGUCUCCAUCCCAUGGCAAUGAUGUCGACACCGGGCAACGGCAUGGUCUUCAAUACGAGCAUGCCGUUCCCCUCGUGUCAAAGCUUUGCCAUGUCCAAGACCCCGGCCAGCGUGGUGCCACCGGUCUUCCCCAAUGACCUGCAGGAGACCACCUAUCUCUACAUACCGAACAACGCUGUCGGCGCCAUCAUAGGCACUAAGGGCUCGCACAUCCGGAGCAUCAUGCGCUUCUCGAACGCAUCCCUCAAAAUAGCCCCCCUUGACGCCGACAAGCCGCUGGACCAACAAACGGAGCGCAAGGUGACGAUUGUUGGCACACCGGAGGGUCAGUGGAAGGCGCAGUACAUGAUCUUCGAGAAGAUGCGCGAGGAGGGCUUCAUGUGUGGCACGGACGACGUGCGCCUCACAGUUGAAUUGCUUGUGGCGAGCUCUCAGGUGGGUCGCAUUAUUGGCAAGGGUGGCCAGAAUGUGCGCGAAUUGCAGCGCGUGACGGGCAGCGUGAUCAAGUUGCCGGAGCAUGCACUUGCACCGCCAUCCGGCGGCGAUGAGGAGACACCGGUGCACAUUAUCGGACCAUUCUACAGCGUACAGUCUGCACAGCGACGCAUCCGAGCCAUGAUGCUGUCGACAAAUCCGCCGCCAAUAACCAAAAAACAGAAAGCUGCCAAAGAACAAUUGCAACAACAGCAACAGAGCCUCGCCGGAGCUGCGACCAGCGGGUCCCAGCAGCAGCAACAGCAGCAGCCACAGUCGCCAUCGCAACAGCAGGCGCUGCCGCCGCAAUUGCAUCAUCAGCCAGUGUCGUCUGCGUCGUCAUCGUCGACGACGCCUGCACACCAUCAGCAGCAAGCGUCGACGGCAGCGACCUCACACCAGUUGCAGCAACAGCAACAGCAGCAGCAGCCAUCGCCGCCGCCACCGGGCAAUGCAACUGCGGCCGCAGCCCAGCAGCAGCAGCAGCAGCUGGCGAGCUCACAGCAGUGAGCGGUAAACAUCGAUGAAUAAGAACACCGGCGCCGUAGCAGCAACACUAAUAGCAGAAACAGCAGCAACAUCAGCAAUAGUAGCAGCAGCAACAGCAGCAACAUCAACAUCAACGGCAGCAGCAACAGCGCCAACAAUAGCCAAGGCAGGGUUUUCUUCUGUUGAUACUACCUCCACAACAACACACCCAUAAUCUUCAAUCCCCCAAUAAUCACCCACUACUAUUUACAACCCCGUAAUUACAUGCUAACCGUAGGCGCCACCUUUGUGCUGGCACAGGCGACGGCAAAAGUAAGCAAAUAACCUGGAGCAUAAACAAAAACAAAAUCAUAUAGGGCAACACACCAAGUACAUCAAAAAGUGUCCCGUGCGAAGAAGCUGUACUGGUUUUAAUGAGUGAAUUGCAACUUUAACAAGAAGCAUAGCAAAAGUCACACACACACACACACAGCAAGAAAAACAAUAACAACAUUCUUCAUUUGCAUACUAAGAAAUAAAGAGAAAACUUAAAUAGAAAGCGCAAUCAAUCACCCAAACUACUAAAAACUAAAGAAAAAACACCCAGCCCCAACCUUGUGUUGUUGUUCUGUUAGGUGUAAAAUUUUGUGUCGGUUAACAAUUCGGCACCGCCCAACAAGUUUUCUUUUUCAAGGCAGUGUGGCACUAUGUCUUGAAAUAUUCAUAGUUUUUUUUAAAGUAAACAAUAUUUUCAACAACAACACAAACAGUCAAAGUAACUAAAGAGAAAGCCCCCAAAUUUAUCAACUCACAAUUUAAAUGCAAGAAGGGAAAUUAAAGGAUAAAGAAGGAAAGUUUAGUAGUGUAUGCGUUAUAUUUUUUUUAAAUAUAUUUAAAUAUAAAACGUUUAUUUUUAAUUAUUUUUUUUUAACAAAGAUUUAGUAAGCGUAUAUUAGGUGGAAAGAAUAUAAGAAGAGAAGUGAGCAAAGCGCAAGAGAAUGAGAUUGAGAAUCAAGAAAAAAAAGGAACAAACAUUUGUUUGGUUCCAACACAACCGAAAAUUGUACACAAGCAAAAAUUAUAACCAAGGAAAAUCAAACAAAAAAAAAAAAAGAAAACAAUACAGACAUGGAAAACAACAAAAGCGUCAAAAACACAAAAACAUAACUAUUUUGAGCCCACGAUCCACAACAAAAAAUGUAAAGAAUGUUUCUAUCAAGCACUCAUUUCUGGGUUAUAACAAAUGUAUAACAGUUGAUAAAGUUAUGUGUACAAUGUGCAACAGUUGAUGCAACUGUUGGCGCACCCACUGUUAUACGUAGUAUAACAGACCUCAACCCAAACCCCAAACCACCAAAAAGAAACCACUAUCUAUGUAUACAAUAUCGUUAAGAGCUGUACUGGAUGGAUUGAUGGACGGAUGAGUGUGUAUAUUGGGACUAUAUCGAUAGAAAGGGAUGUGGAUGGAACAAGAAACGCCAGCGAGAGCAAUGUUUACUGUACUGUACAGCUGUAAAAUAGUUUUUUCGAUGCCCGAAACGUUGUUUGUAAGGAUGGAUACGACGAAUACCAGUCAUUUUUUUUUUGCAAGGUAACGAGUUACAAGAAUUGUUGAUUAUACUUAGUGCGAAAGCAGCCGAAGGAGAAGACAAAGGAUCGAGAGGAUAUAAGAACGCUACAGCAAAUGCAAAAAGCGAGAGAUAGUGUUAAUAAAAACUAUUGUAAUGUGUUUGCCUUGAAAUGAAAACAAAACUAACUAGAAAUGAAAUAACGGUGCUGAAAUGUUAAUUUUUUUUAAUCGAUCAGUUAACGUUAAGUGUUACGUUAUAACGUUUGAGCGUGUAUGAGAGACAAGCUGUUAUACAUGGAUGGGACACUGCACUACACAAGAACAUAAGCCAGCCAAUCCGCACCCAAAUCAAAGUCUAAUUCAUAGCCACGAAGCAAUAAAAACCGAAGGAUGCAUUUUGUAGAAAUCGUAAAUGUAGCGGAAACGGACAAUAUAUUACCAUAACCGUAUGACCAAAAUACCAUAGCUAGAGGCCGCAACCCAAGUAACUGAAUCGGAGCAACAAACAAUCAAACUACAAUCUACACCAGCCAAAAUAAGCAACAAUAGCAAUAGCCCAAUUUUGUGUUGUUUUGAAAUAGCUAUUAUCUAAUUAUUAACUAUAUAUUUUUUUUGUAACGUAAAUGUUAAACAAAUUGCUAUUCCAUAGAAUUAAUGUUACGAAGUAGUUGAACGAACAGACAGUCAAGCAAAUCAAAUUAAAUCAAAUCAAAGCCCCAAUCCCUAUCGAUCCAACCCUUUUGUUUGUAUAACACUUGCUUCGGAGGCAGACAGUUUAAAAACACCACAAAAAAAUCAAGGCAAAAUCAACAUUUCGGCAAAAAACAAAAAGCAAACCUAAAAAAAUACAACAUUUCGGUCAAACAAGCAAAAAAAAGAGAAACUUUUGAGCUGAACAUAAUUUUGGAUGAAAUAAAAUUAAUACAAAUUUUGGAUAAAAACUGAAAACCAUCUACAAGCGUGUACAAGCUUUAGGACAGCCCAAUUUUUGAAAUAUCACAUUUUCUUAGUUCUUUUUAAGAAGAAACAAAAGAAAACAAGCAGAAGCAGAAAAGAUGAAGAAUUUGAAGAAGAUUGAAAAAGUAAUUAAAAUACCUCAAUGUAAGUGCAUUAUCUUCUACAAAAAAAAAAAAAUAAAAAAAUAAAACUAAAAACAAA